AGGAGGGCGAGUUCCUGAAAGAGUUUCAGAAGCCGACCGGCCUGUCUGGUAGCUUCUGGGCGAUGGCAUGGUCACCGGAUUCCUCACGUGUGGCCACUGCGGGCGGUGACAAGAAGCUUCGAAUCUGGGAUCGUGACAGUGGCGCGCAAGUCGCCGAGGCUGCCGUCGGCACCAACCUUCAAGACAUGCAAGUGGGGAUCACAUGGCCCUCCGCUUCCAAAGUGAUCUCGGUGGCGCUGGAUGGUCGGCUGAUUUGCUGGGAGGUGGGAAGUGGCCUCUCCAUGGAAGGCAUUGUGGAUGGCACCCAGGGACCCCUCAACUGUUUGGCCAGCGACAGCAUGACUGGGAACCUCAUCUAUGGAGGCACUCAAGGCUCCAUCGCGGUGACGCCGGCCACGGGAGCCUCCAUGAGGGCCAUGGUGGGAAAGGGGAUCCAGCACCUCUUCGCACACUCCAAGAGCUAUGCCGGAGCACCGGAAACCCGGGUGGUCUCCUUAGACGACUGCGUGCGACGAUUGAACCUUGAGACUGGAGAGCUGAGCGCUCCGGUGGAAUUGAAGGAGUUCGUGGUGGCCGGCGGCUGGCUGGACGCGGAGGAAACCAUGCUGCUCUUGGUGAGUGGAAAGAGGAACUUCCACUGCGUCUCCGACUCCUUGCUCUGGACCAAACCCAACGCCACCGAGCGCCGUGCCACCUCGGCGGCCGUGCUGGGUGGCCGCCCCGGCAAGCUGGCUGUGGCCAUGGAGCAGCCGGGCGGGUAUGUGGAAGGUGUGGCCAGCAACGAGUUCGACAUCGUUUACUUCGAAGUGGCGGACGCCACGCCAGAGGGCAUCGUGCAGAAGAGCGUGCUCCGGAAGCACGUGGCGGAGGUCUCCGCCAUGAAGUUCUCGCCGUCGGGGGAGUUCUUGGCCUCAGGUGAUGCUGCCAACAAGAUCCUGGUGUGGUCCCUGAGCACGGGCACUCCGACACUUCUCCUGUCGGACUGGAGCUUCCACACAGCCCGGAUUGCGUGUCUUGAUUGGCUACCAGGAGGUCGACGCUUAGUGAGCGGCUCCCUGGACCGUCAUUUGUUUGUCUGGGACGUCGACCACCCUGAGAAGCGUCUUCAAGUGAAGGAUGCCCAUAAAGGUGGCGUCACAGGCGUGGCGGCCUGCGGGGAAACCAGCUUUGCCUCCGUGGGCCACGAUGGAUUUGUACUGGUGCACGUCGGCUGAGCAGCGGCUUGGCUACUUGGCUGGCGUGCGAGGUGGACAGCCACUGUGGAUCCUCCAGUGGAGCGAGUUCGUUUGAAAA